AUGGCUGCGUGUGCAUUGCCAAUUGUGAAGUACCCAAUCGGCACGACGUCGUGGUCACUAACCAGUGCUCAGGUACGCACGACGACGGUGAAAUCCCAUUCUCAGGAGGAGAAGAAAGUACGGGACGCAAUGGCUGCGUGUGCAUUGCCAAUUGUGAAGUACCCAAUCGGCACGACGUCGUGGUCACUAACCAGUGCUCAGGUACGCACUGACGACGGUGAAAUCCCAUUCUCAGGAGGAGAAGAAAGUACGGGACUGUCCAUGCCAAUACGCGUGACAAUCUCGGUCAUUGCCGGUCUUAACGUGGCUUUGUUGCUGGUGUUUGCAACUUGGGGUGGUCGUCGUCUCUCAAAGUGUCGGAGCAUUGUGCAGCGAGGUAUAAAUGAGAUGGACACGUAA